CACCAUAUGUUGCACCCUAUAGAUUGAAAGCAUUUACUUUAAAUUUCAUUAUCUUAAUUUAAAUAUUGUCCCCACCGUGUAGUAAAUUCUUUUUUAAUAAUGCGGUUUUACAUUUUAAUUUUAUACUUUGGGUACCAAGCUGUUUAUUCGGAACUUUUCACAACUUAUGUAAAUUUUGAGAGAUAUUUUCAAAUGGAAGAGGAAUUAAUAGUUCUAACGGAUUUAGUUAUUCAACAAGAAAGGAUUAUUCAUGGAGAAGACGUUCAUAAUUUUAAUAAUAUAACACAUACGAUCGACGAAGCGAAAUCGAUCCACAUGCAGCAUGUAGAUGACAUCGAAACAUAUCUCUCCCAUCCUAUAAAUACAUUUCGUCUGUCCAGACGUCUCGCCCAAAAUUGGAAACAGAUUAUUGGACAGAUGAUGGAGACAGACACAUGUGUAAAAGCCUUAAGAGUGAAAUUACAAAAUAUGGAGGAUAACAUCCCAGACGACCAGCAGCUUACAGAAAUUGCCAAUUCCGUGCUCAAUUUAGAACAAUUUCACAAUAUAACCAUUGGCGAACUUUUGGUCGGCGAGAUAAAUGGUCAUUUACCUCAUGAGCCUUUCACGCUUGGAGAUCUUGUGUAUAUAGCAAAGGCCGCAUACGAUACUGAACAGUAUUACUAUACUAUUACAUGGCUGCGUCACGUGAUAGACGAAAUUAAACUUCGACGAAUUGAUGACGUCGAUGGCGAAUAUGCAAAAGCCGCUGUCUAUAGUUUACUGGCGUCUGCAUACUUCAAAAUAGGACAUAUUAGACCAGCAGCUGAAUUAACAGAUGAGAUUCUAUCAUUCGAUCCAGACAACGUUAAAGCACAGAGAAAUAAGAUAUACUUUGACACUGUAGAGCAGACUAAUCCUAAAAGUAUAACUAAACCGAAACCUUCUGAAAAAGUCAAAAGAUUGUUCAACAAAAUAUGUAACCAAGACGUAAAACAAAAAAUAUCGAAAGAGAAAUGUUUAUAUUUUCCAUUAAGAAAUAAAAUGUGGUACAUGAGGUCGGAUAUCAAAGCAGAAGUACUGAAGAAUAAACCUCUUAUUAUAUAUUUCCACGAUCUGAUAGACAAUAAAACAGCAAAUGCUUUGAGAUACAUGGGUUACGAAACGUUAAUGAACAGUACCAGUCGAUACAGAUACAGUUAUCCUAGACAAAGUUCAAUUGUUUAUGACAACACCAACUGGGGUUGGGUUCAGAAACUGAAAGAAAAAUUCUACAGCAUGGAUAUCAGUAACAAGCUGGUCACAAAGUCAAAGUUCAAUGUAAUGAAUAUUGGCUUGGAAGGGUCUAUCAGGAAACCACAAAAGAAUAUUUAUCCUUAUCCACUUGGGUCUUUGGUAGUGGGAUCGUUUAUAGUUUCGCUGUCAGAGAGAACCUUAGGAGGGGAUCUGGUCUUUCCUCUAGCUAACACUAAAGUAUCGAUAAAUAAGGGAGACGGUUUGUUUUAUGAAGAAACCACGCUUCUUACAAUGUGUCCAGUGGCUUAUGGUAGUCAGUGGUAUGGAUUUCAGUAUUUAUACCAAGUACCAUACUCGCAUAAAAUAUGUCCGCCUAAAAGACACGUCAGAAAGGGAUAUUAGUAGAAAAUCUUUUAAAAAUUUGAUCGUAAGGAAAUUCUAGUGUAUCAUUUAUAGCAUCUACAGAUGAAUUCAAUAAUAAGAGAUGCAUUUUAUGAUAGUUAUUUUAGUCCCGUUUCUACAACUUGUUGUAUGAACACAAGUUACCAUAUUAAAAGUAUUACUGAAA